CUAGACUCUGAUUCAUUGGGUAAUUGACGGCCUAGCAAUUGGCAACACACAAUUCAUUGAGCUUAGAGAUUACGACGCCUCAACCUUUAUUUCCUUCUGUUUGCUCCGUGUAUCUUGGGAACAAGCGACGCACAACUGCAACAGGGCAGACCAACCCAACUCGGCUUAAAGCAGCGUUGCAUCAGAAGUGGCUGCUUUAUACGCCAAAAAAAGCGCCGUUCCAAGAGCGGCGUUUUCGGAGAAUCUACCAACCUAAGUAAUUAGGGAACAGGCUCGAGUGCAUGUCAGCCGCCAACACAGAGCGCUUGAAAGAUGAGGGCUCGAAAUUACAGGUCGUUGUUGCGGGCGCAACGGCCGGGAUGAUAGCCCGCUUCGUCAUCGCUCCCCUCGAUGUCGUCAAAAUCCGCCUCCAGCUGCAAACGCACUCGCUCUCCGACCCGCUGUCGCAAAGAGCCGAGCUGUUGCGUGGCGGGCCGGUUUACAAGGGCACCUUGUCCACCAUGCGGCACAUAUUCCGCCAUGAGGGAAUCACGGGUCUUUGGAAGGGUAACGUUCCCGCAGAACUGCUCUACAUCACCUACUCGGCUGUGCAGUUCGCCACAUACCGAAGCGCGGCUCAGCUGCUUCACCGUGUGGCCGGCGAGGACCGGCAGCUCCCGGCCGCAGCGGAAUCUUUUGUGGCCGGCGCUGCCGCAGGAGUUGCAUCGACCACGGUUACGUACCCGCUCGAUCUCCUGCGGACCCGGUUUGCUGCCCAGGGCAGUGGCGACGAUCGCGUGUACCAAUCGUUGCGUCGGGCCCUGGCCGAUAUCUGGCGCGACGAAGGCUAUAGGGGUUUCUUCCGUGGGAUAGGGCCAGCGGUCGGCCAGACGUUUCCUUUCAUGGGCAUCUUCUUCGCCGCCUAUGAAUCGUUGCGGGCUCCGCUGGCUGAUUUAAAGCUUCCGUUCUGGGGCGGCCAGCUUGCGCUCGCGAGUAUGACGGCCAGCACACUGGCCAAGACGGCCGUCUUUCCGCUCGAUCUCGUACGCAGGCGGAUUCAGGUCCAGGGGCCGACGAGGUCCAGAUAUGUGCACAAAAACAUCCCAGAGUACAAAGGGACGUUUUCGACCAUAAGCACAAUAAUCAAGACUGAAGGCGUCAGGGGGCUAUAUCGCGGACUGACUGUUAGUCUGAUAAAAUCUGCCCCAGCCAGUGCCGUGACUAUGUGGACAUACGAAAGGGUGCUUAGAGCUCUCAUUAAAUUCCAAGCUGAGAGUCAAGAUUAAAGUUUUUGCACAGUCGAGUGUGACGGUGUAGAGUCUAGAUUGUUGGCCUAGGCUUAUGAACGGGUUGCAAACUCGCUUACUUUCAGAAACUUACUGUAUAAUAUAAUACACCA